AUGCUUCUUGUUUAUAUAAAUUUUUCAUUACAAUUUUAUAUCAAACAUUUUUAUGACAAUUUAUAUAUAGGAGGUAAGGUAGAUGUCUCAGAUUAUACACCAGUAGAACCAGAAGGCAUAACAGAAAGGGGAGAUUUUCAGAUUGAGUAUAAUAAAGAUGGACUAUUAUUAAUUAAACCCAAAUUUGGGAAUAAAACAUGGGAUAUCGGUGAUGAAUGGACGCUUACUUAUUGGAGAAGACAUGGUGAACCAAAUCAGCUUUUUUAUUUUGACUAUCUUGGACCAUUUACAUAUGCAAUAAAAAAUAGAGGAAAAUGUCUUGAAUACAAUUCUUCUACAAAAAGAUAUAUUGCAAGUAAAUGUAAUUACACAGCCAAUCAAAGAUUUGCUUUUAUAAGAACAUUGGAUGAAGAAAGAAGCAGGACUUUUUGA